GAAAGCUUUAGUUCUUAAUCCUCGCAACAGACUUAUGAAGUAAGAACUAUUACUAUAAGCAUGAGGAAAUUAAGUUUUACAGAAUUUAGCGCGGCCAGGCCCUAACACGGAAACACUACUUAGAGUCAAAACUCCAGGGACUCCAGAGAGCAAACGCGCUCACACCCUACAUGGGCAUGCGCGGAAAAAAUCACUAAAGCAGCUCUCAGGGAAGGGGUUGGGGGCGGAGCUUCUAAGAUCCCAGCAUUCCCUUCGUGCCGCCACCAAGAUGGCGGCGCCCGUGCUAUGUUGCUUUUUCCGGGGCAGGUGCUUCGGUACCCCUGGCUGGUUAACAGUUUUACCCAUGGGGCUACGAAAGGCCCAUUCGGGCCCUCAGGGAUUGUUGGCAACGCAAAAGAAACGGGGACUGUUCAAGGAGUUCUUUCCGGACAAAAUUACGGAGACAGAGCUCCCAGAACUCUUCGACCAUGGCACGGCGGGCAACUUCCCCCAGACUAUCUACUGCGGCUUCGACCCCACGGCCGACUCGCUUCAUGUGGGGCAUCUGCUGGCGUUGCUGGGCCUGUUUCACUUCCAGCGAGCGGGCCACAAUGUGAUCGCGCUGGUCGGAGGCGCCACAGCGCGCCUGGGGGACCCGAGUGGCCGCACUAAGGAACGCGAGGCGAUGGACGCCAAGCGUGUGCAAGCCAACGCACUCGCCCUGCGCCGAGGGCUGGAAUCACUGGCGGCUAAUCAUCAUCAGUUCUUCGCAGAUGGGCGUACAUGGGGCAGCUUCACAGUACUGGAUAAUUCCGCUUGGUACCAGAGCCAGCAUCUGGUGGACUUCCUGGCGGCGGUGGGCGGACACUUCCGCAUGGGCACGCUCCUUAGCCGGCUGAGCGUCCAGACCCGGCUCAAGAGCCCUGAGGGCAUGAGCUUGGCUGAAUUCUUAUACCAGGUGCUCCAGGCCUAUGACUUUUACUACCUGUUUCAGCAUUAUGGAUGCCGGGUCCAGCUGGGUGGAUCUGAUCAGCUGGGCAACAUCGUGUCCGGAUAUGAGUUCAUCCACAAGUUGACUGGAGAAGACGUAUUUGGAAUCACCGUCCCCCUGAUUACAAGCACAGCUGGAGCAAAGUUGGGAAAGUCAGCCGGCAAUGCUGUUUGGCUAAACAGAGAUAAGACAUCUCCAUUUGAAUUGUAUCAGUUCUUUGUCAGGCAGCAAGAUGAUUCUGUAGAAAGGUACCUGAAGCUCUUCACUUUUCUACCCCUUUCAGAGAUUAACCACAUAAUGCAGCUGCAUGUCAAAGAGCCAGAAAAGCGGGGUCCUCAGAAGCGACUUGCUGCAGAAGUAACAAAGCUUGUUCAUGGGCGAGAAGGGCUAGAAUCUGCUAAAAGGUGUACACAAGCCCUUUAUCAUAAUAGCAUAGAUGCACUGGAGGUCAUGUCUGAUGAAGAAUUAAAAGAGUUGUUUAAAGAAGCUUCAUUUUCUGAAUUAGUUCUUGACCCUGGAACAAGCGUGCUAGAUACUUGCCGCAAAGCGAAUGCCAUUCCAAAUGGUCCCCGAGGGUAUCGGAUGAUAACAGAAGGCGGAGUCAGUAUAAAUCACAGACAAGUAACAAAUCCUGAGAGUGUUUUAGUUGUUGGACAACAUAUUCUCAAGAAUGGACUUUCACUGCUUAAAAUAGGAAAAAGAAAUUUCUACAUUAUAAAAUGGCUUCAGCUAUGAUGAAAAAUCCUCUGGUUGUUCAAACCAAUUUUAUCCAUCAUUUAUUCUCAAGAUAUAUGAAAGGUUGGCUCCAGAACUUAGACCUUUACUUAUGUAAAUCAGAAAAACAGAGAAUGGAGUAUACUCUAGGCCUCACAGUGAGUAAUUUCACUAUUUAUAUAAGUCGGUUAAUAAUAAGGUGGUUGUGUGAUGAUGGAAUAUUUUAUUUCCUGGUCCACAAACAUUAAGGACUGCUAUAGAAAACCAGGAUUUUCAGAGUUAAUCUUUUUUAAAAUAAAAAUUAAACUUUAUGAAAGACUUAAAUGGUAUCUUUUCUACCCUACUCUUCUUGCUCUCCUUUUGGGAGUGAUGAGGAGGAACAGUGAAAAAGAGAUAGUAUAAGGAAUUAUGGAUACUUUUAUAUCAGGUGUAUAGACACAGCAACUGGUUUAGAUUUUAUAUCAGAUAUGGAACAUUGAUCUCACUAGUGUUACAUAGUUGUUUUAAAACCAGCAGCACCUCUAGUGUCCACAUUAUAAACAGAAUAUCUAGUAUUAGAAAAUUGUAAAUUUCUGUUGAUUAUGUUCUUGUUGUUUAGGAAGCAAAUAUAGUUCUACCUAAAAAGGAGAAAAGCGAGAUGAAGCCAUAGUUGGCAUUAGAAAUUAUAGUAGAAAUAGUUUCUUUCCAAAUAAAAGAACAAAAAUCAGUUCUUGACCUUUCACAAAGUUUCUACUUCAGUUUUCCAUUCCCUUUCCCGAAUUUCAGUAUAUUAAUUCACAGCCUUGUUUUAUUAAUGGAUUACUAAGGUAGCAGUAUUUUAUAAAUUUGGAAACUUUGAAAUUAGUUUUAAGUUUCAACUUCUGUCCCAAGCAGAUUGCAACUUGACAUAAUCUGAAAAAUUAAGUAACCGGAGAGUUAAAAAAAAAAAAAA